AUGAAAUAUUUUUAUUUUACCAUUGUAUGCUUUUUCGCGUUAUUGUCUUAUACCAAUGCCAGUAUGGAGAAAAGAGGUACUGCUACGAUGAUGAAGUUUGGUGGUGAAAAUCAAAAUUCUGCAUUGACAAGACGCAAUCGUGGCACAUGGUAUAGCGGCAAAGAUCUUAGUAAUGCUGCCUGUUAUGGCCGUAAAGGUCUUCCUUCUUUUUCUGCUCAUGUGUCGGAUAUGAUUGGUGCUAUGGCAAUGAAACAUUUUGAGUAUUGUUAUGAAUGUAUGAGGAUUACUAAUGUUGAUAACGAACGUUCCAUCGUCGUCAAAAUUGUAGACAAGUGCGCAGGAUGUAAAAUAGGAACCGCUAUUGAUUUGACACCAGGAGCAUUUAAAAAAUUAAAUCCUGAUGGAUUGGAGGCAGGUGUCCUUGAUAUUACUUGGAAAGUAGUUCCUUGUCCUAGUACCAUUAAAUUGGCAUUGUCCUAAUUUUAUCAUCCUACUCUUCUUUUUCUUUUUUCCCUUCUUCUUCUUUUUUUUUUUCUUCGUUCACUGUUGUUCAAGUAUAUAAUUCCCUACAUACACAAUCAAACAUACGCGUAUAUCUUACAUCAGUUAGCCUCUUUCUCCAAUAUAAAC